AUGUUUCCGCAACUGUCGAGAUCUCUGCUCCACGAAACAAUCACAGAAAAACUUUUAUUUCAUAAGCUGUGCGCAAGAUGGGUCCAAAAACAGCUUACUGAACAACACAUGUUGAAUCGAGUGCAAGCCUCCAGAGAGUUUUCGGAACGCUAUGAACUAGACAGUGAUAAUUUUCUCAAGUCUAUUGUUACUGGAGAUGAAACUUGGGUUGCAAACUAUACACCUGAAACCAAGAGACAGUCCGAACAGUGGCGUCACACCACUUCACCCUCAACCAAAAAGUACCAAACCACCGUUUCAGCCACAAACAUCAUGGCUCAGUGUUUUAGGACCACAGAGGCAUCAUUUUGA